UGUUUUAUGACUGACAUGCUUGAGGGAGGAGCCUCACCGACCCAAGAUGGCGACGGCGCUCGCGCUCCGUUCCAGUGAACGGGGCAGUAGAAGAUAUACCCUGUAUAUAUUUGGAUGUCGCUGAUGUUCCUUUUUUUUUACGAGAAAAGAAGCUAAAACAAAACAAAAAAAUCUAUAAGAAAGAAAAAAAAAACGUUUAACGCGGGGGAACGACAAGACAUUAUUUGACUUACUGUCACAUUUUAUUUUUAUUUUAAAUCUUCCACCCUUAUUGGCUAUAACUGUGAGCUCCAGCUUUGAACGAAGGAUUGCGUAAAACUCAAUAUUCUCACAGCAGUUGUAGCGUCAAAACGGAACAGAAACUGGCCUUAUUGUUGGUAAUUGGAAUCAGCAGCAUGAUGCGCAUCGCUUCCCCCGCAUCCGGAACAUCCUAUAGAGAUGGAGCUGCGUCCAGCAUCGCUGGUAUGCAAGUUGAUGCCAUGGAAAGCUGAAGCUGGAAAUACUGUCCAAGAAAUUCAGGAAAAAUCUACAUUGAAGUUUGGACUGCACAUUGAACAGAAAUGCAUAAUUGUUGACGAACAAUGAAGAUUAGCAUUGAUUCCCAACUCUGAUGAGCCAUAGCAUUAUUUAGUCUGUACUUGUGACAGAGCAUUAUUGAUUGCAGUGAGCUAAUAGAACAGGGAUGGUGUGACACAGGAACACAUCUCUCCAGUGCUGUUUGAAAAGCAGACACGAUUGUGCAUUCUAAGAGGAAAAAAUAACAUUACGAAGAACAAAAAGGAAUAAUUGUCCAAAAUUAUUUUUAGCCUUAAUCCAUUUCUGCUCGACAAGAUACUUUACUAUUGGAUAAGAAAGACAGAAGAUUUGGUUCUGCGUUUUUGCCAUGCCUCGCAAUCAAGCUUUUUCUGAACCAGAGUACUCUGUGGAGUAUUCGGCAGACUGCUCUGUGACAUUGCCCUCUGACCCUGGACAGGCUGUUGGAAGAACACACGAUGUUACAGUUCGAAAUUCUGGAUCCUGCCUCUGCUUGCCCCGGUUUAUGCGCCUCACAUUUGCUCCUGAGUCGUUGGAGAAUCUCUAUCAGACCUACUUCAGAAGGCAGAGACAUGAGACCCUUUUGGUGCUUGUUGUGUUUGCUGCCCUUUUUGAUAGUUACAUCCUCAUAAUGUGUGCAGUGGUUUAUACCUCUGAAAAGUUUGCUUCCAUUUCAGUGGCAUCUGUGGGAUUGGCAGGACAUAUUAUUCUCUACCUGCUGUGCCGCUUUGGACUGUUACCAGAGCGGAUCUCAAGACGUUUUGUGCCCUAUUCCCUCUGGGUUCUGAUAGCUGCACAGAUAUUUUGCCACUUGGGACUCAACUAUGCUCGUUUCCACCAAGCCAGUGACACAGUGGGCUGGCAGGCUUUUUUUAGCUUUUCUUCUUUCCUCACUCUGCCUUUGAGACUGGCACCCAUUGUACUCAUCACUGCUGUUUCCUGUGGAGUCCACACUCUAGUUCUUGGAGUCACCAUCGCUCAGCAGCAGCAGGAGAACAUCCAGGGAUCUGUACUUGCCAGACAGCUGCUGGCGAACAUUGUGAUCUAUAUUUGUGCCAUCACUGUGGGUGUCACCUCAUAUUACAUGGCUGACCGGAAGCAUAGAAAAGCUUUCCUGGAGGCAAGGCAAUCAUUGGAGGUGAAACUUAACCUGGAGGAGCAAAGCCAGCAACAGGAACGUCUCCUGCUGUCCAUUCUUCCAAAGCAUAUAGCUGAUGAGAUGCUUCAGGAUAUGAAGAAGGAGCCCAGUCAAAAAGAAAUGCAACAGUUCAACACCAUGUACAUGUACAGGCAUGAAAAUGUCAGUAUUUUGUUUGCAGACAUUGUGGGUUUUACCCAGCUGUCGUCAUCUUGCAGUGCCCAAGAGCUGGUGAAACUUCUCAAUGAGCUCUUUGCUCGCUUUGACAAGUUGGCUUCAAAAUACCAUCAACUGAGAAUCAAGAUCCUGGGAGACUGCUAUUACUGUAUCUGUGGACUUCCAGACUACAGGGAGGACCAUGCUGCCUGUUCCAUCAGAAUGGGCCUUGCAAUGGUGGAUGCAAUUUCGUAUGUCCGAGAGAAAACCCGGACUAAUGUUGACAUGAGGGUUGGAGUGCACAGUGGAACAGUACUUGGUGGAGUCCUGGGACAGAAGCGUUGGCAGUAUGAUGUUUGGUCAACAGAUGUCACAGUAGCCAACAAAAUGGAAGCUGGAGGCAUUCCUGGUCGUGUUCACAUCUCACGGAGUACUAUGGAGUGUCUUCAUGGAGAGUUCGAUGUGGAGCCAGGAAAUGGAGGUGAUCGCUGUGACUACUUGAGGGAGAGAGGUAUUGAGACCUACCUUGUGGCUAUUCCUAAAGGUCCUCUAAAGAAACAUGGAAUCAGUCCUGUGAAGCUCUCCGUUACCUCUCCCAAUGGAAAUUCCCCACCAUUAAUCAACACAACAGACUGUAAUGGAAGUGUGGAGGGUACCAGAAACACACCUGAGGAACCAGAAGAGUUGGACACAAGGGUAGUAAAUCCAUCCUUCCCUAAUCCACGGCGAAGGCUUCGGCUGCGGGACCUGGCUGAAAAGGUGAUUGAUGCUCAGGAGAAUGAGCAAGAACUCAACAAACUGCUUAACGAGGCACUAUUGGAGAGAGAGACUGUUCAAGCUCUGAAGGGAAAACGCACAAACAAGCUCUCCUUGAGGUUUCUAGAUCCUGAUCUAGAGGUUCGUUUCUCUGUUGAGAAGGAGAAGCAGAGUGGUGCCGCCUUCUGUUGCUCCUGUGUAGUUCUUCUCUUUACUACAGUGAUGGAGGCCCUCAUAGAGCCCAAGCUGUUUAUAAACUACAUCACCUUCGCAGUGGGAGAGAUUUUGCUGCUUAUCCUGACAAGCUGCUCUCUUGCUGCUAUCCUUCCUGGAGUGUUUCCCAAAAGGUUGGUGUCUUUCUCAACCUGGAUUGAUCACACACGUUGGGCUCGAAAUACCUGGGCUAUGGCAGCUAUUUUCAUCUUGACCGUUGCCAACCUUCUAGAUAUGCUCAGUUGUAUACCUCAAGUCACAGAUUCAGGCAGCACAACAGCGGCUCCAUUUUCUUCCUCAUCUUCACAGUCUAGCCUUGGAGGGUGCCUGAACAAUCCUAAAUAUUACAGCUUUGUUGCCGUGCUUGCACUUAUAGCCACAACCAUGCUCGUUCAGGUCAGUCACAUGGUCAAACUUACACUGAUGAUUCUCAUAACUGCAACGACUGGCAUCGUUAACAUCUACAGUUGGAAAGACAUCUUUGACCGCUAUGACACAGUCCGCUUCCAAGAAUACAGCUCUGACAUGGUUCCCUCCAAGUUCACAAUGACAGUUAUGAUAUUCGUUAUGAUGAUCAGCUUCUAUUACUUCUCCAGACAUGUGGAGAAGCUUGCUCGGACACUUUUCCUAUGGAAGAUAGAAGUCCAUGAGCAGAAGGAGAAAGUAUAUGAAAUGAGACGUUGGAAUGAAGCACUUGUAACAAAUAUGUUACCUGAACAUGUGGCUCGACACUUCCUUGGUUCAAAGAAAAGGGAUGAGGAGUUGUACAGCCAGUCAUACGAUGAGAUUGGUGUCAUGUUUGCCUCAAUUCCCAACUUCUCUGACUUUUACACAGAGGAGAGCAUCAAUAAUGGUGGCAUUGAAUGCCUUCGGUUUCUCAAUGAGAUCAUCUCAGACUUUGAUAGUCUGCUUGAUGAGCCGAAAUUUCGCUACAUCACAAAAAUCAAGACAAUUGGGAGCACCUACAUGGCAGCAUCAGGUGUCACCUCUGAUAUAAAUGAUGGUUACAUCUGCAUGAAGAGGGAAGAGCAGUCUCACAAAGAGCGUUGGCAGCACCUAGCUGACUUGGCAGACUUUGCUCUGGCCAUGAAGGUGACCCUAAUGAACAUCAACUACCAGUCAUUCAACAACUUCAUGUUACGUAUCGGUCUGAACAAAGGAGGGGUGCUAGCUGGAGUCAUUGGUGCCCGGAAACCCCACUAUGACAUAUGGGGAAACACUGUCAAUGUGGCGAGUCGUAUGGAGUCCACAGGGGUGAUGGGAAACAUCCAGGUAGUGGAGGACUGCUACGAUAUUUUAAAGGAGUAUGGCUUCCGCUUUGUGAGAAGAGGACCUAUCUUUGUGAAGGGAAAAGGGGAAUUGCUCACUUUUUUUCUUAAAGGAAGAGAAAAACAGGGCUCAUUUAUUAAUGCUUCAUCUGUCACUCUACCACACCAAGUGGUAGAUGGUUAAAGUUCUCACUUAAGACAAACACUCCCUGUUCCCAUCGUUUGGAUAUUUAAAUGCUGCAAUGUGCAGGAAAAAAAGUUUAAGAAGAAAAAGUAGUUAGGUUUUAAUGUACAUUGAAGCAUAGAAAUUCCUAAAUUGUUCUUUUGUAUGUAUCUCAUUACUGAAUUGGGUUGUUUACUUUGAAAAUACUGCAAAAUAGAUAGCCAGAUAAUGUUUUGUGUUGAAUGAAUCUAAAAUUGAGAGACAUUUUUUCAUAGCAAUAUUAAACAGAAAAUAGGUUUCUGUUAUGUUUAUAGUUUAAGGAAAUUUUUCAGCACACUGUUUCAAACUACUUUUUAUUAUCUCUAACCUUUUGUUUUUUUAGGGUUAUUAUGAUUAAUGGAGUAUUAACACAUACACACAUACGUUUUUGCUGCGUUAGACCAGAGGUACCUUAUAUUUUCCCAGUAUUCAAUCUUAUACAAAUGGUUGAUCUGUAGACAUAAUGGUGCAUUUAAUGUUUAAAUGUUUAGAUUGGUAGAGAAAUUUGCUUUCAGUUCUUGUAAUUAAAGCAGUGAACAUGUUUAAAACAGUCUACAUGAGGACUUGGACAUUUUUUUUUAUAUAUUGCUCAGGUCAGUGAUGAGCUAUAAGUCAUGUGUUUUUGUAGAUAGAAUCCUAGCUGGUUUUUUUUAAUGCGUCAUGGACAAUUUCUCUGUGGAUCUAUUUGAAUUAUGAAAAAUAACAAAGUCAAAGAGCAUACAGGAAUAUGUAGUUGUGCUAAAAAGGUGUACGUGGGAAACAUGACCUAUAAACCUGUAUAAGUUAAUCCACCAAUAUUAAGGAAAAUCUGCCUGUGUUUAAAAAAACUUUUGUGAAGUUAAUAAAAUAUUGUGAUUAUCUAAGGGCUGAAA